AAUUCAACGGGAAAUAAAUGCCUGUGUGCAUGGCCCCGCUUUGUUUUGCAGAAGAAAGAAGCUUUGUCAUUUUCCUAUCUGUGCUAGCUGCGAUUGGGUUAUAUUCUGUGAUAUGUUGAUUCGUCACGUUUAUUUGAUAAGACAAGCUUUCGCGCAUUGAUUGAUAGCUUAUCUGUAAAAUUCCCUUGCUAGCUUGUUCACCUGCAGUCUGCCUGUUGAUGCGCAGCAUGCUUCAUCCCGGAGUUGGGUCCAGGUCUUCCUCGCAGCUGAGCUAAAAUGGACUACCGGGCGCGGGAGUACACGAACGGCGCGUUUGCGGCGGAAGAGGAGGCGAUGGCGCGAGGUCCGCGCUCCCGGGACCGCUCCUCGGAGCCCACCUCGUGGGUGCCGGUGGGCCUGUUCCCGUCGGCGGCGGUCGGCCCGGCGACGGAUGGAGAGAUGGUCGAGCUGCAGGAGCGCACCAGCUCCAACGGGGAGGAGGAGUUUUACCAACACGGCCGGCAGUACUCGAGCUUUACCCAGACUCUGCUGCGGGAGCUGCCCUCCCGAGCCCCCACAGGCGGCCGGACGCUGCGCCGCCGUCGCGGCAGCGGCUCUGACGUGGCCUACAGCACGCUCAGGUCGGUCCACUCGUACGGAGGCACCAUCCGCGGCGCCAUCGACGUUGCCAGGUUCGGUGACGAUGUGGACGCCGUGGUGGACGAGAUCCAGCGCGGAGAGGGAGACAUGGUUGACGCCAACCUGGCCAGACAGGUCGAACUGAAUACCCUGCGUGAACUGGAGCGUCCGCUGUCGUACAAACGUCAGGUGAAGCAGCGACUGGAGCAGCGGGACCGGCAGCAGAGCAGGCGCAUCGGCUUCUGGACGCAGCUGAGCAGCAACUUCCACUACUCGCUGGUCCAGGUGGGUCGCGCCUUCUCCGACGCGUUCGAGUUCGUGAAGCUGUGGAAGGGCCACCUGCAGCGACUGCGCGGCCAGCUCGGCAGCGGCGUGGCCACCUACUUCGAGUUCCUGGAGUCGCUGUUCUACCUCAACCUCUUCACCAUGCUGGCCGUUGUGGGUUUCCUGAUGACACCCCAGCUGCUGCUGCGAACCCACGAGCCUCGCGAGGCGUUCGCCAGCGCUGUGGGCGUCUUCGUCAACCAGACGCCGCCUGACAUGACGGCGUACAGCGGCAACCAGCCGUUCCACUUCGGCAACCUCUUCACCGGACAGGGCUGGCUGAACACGACCGAACUCUACUACGGUUUCUACUACCGGGCGGACGUAGCCCUGUUUGGGGGCCUCAUCUACAGCAUGCCCCGCGCCUAUUUCUUCACUGUCACGAUCUGUCUGGCCCUGCAGCUUGCCUUUCUGGCCGUGGUCACGGCCCGCCUGUACCGGGCCAACUUCAUCGACGCCUCCAGCGUGUCUCGUAACGUCUUCUUCAACAAGGUGCUGUGCAGCUGGGACUUCAGCAUCGCCUCGGAGAAGAUGGCCAGCCUGCGGCACAACGCCAUCUACAACGAACUCAGGGAGAUGACGUGCGACCUGGUGCGCAAGCAGCGCUCGCUGGUGCCCGAGGACGGCCAGCCGCCGGGCCCCGGUAAGAUGGUCUGGGCCAUCCGCUGUCUGGUGAACUCUGUGAUUGCCGGCACGCUGGUCGGCGUCGGCUUCCUCACCAGGUACCUGCUGCAGCAACAGCAGAACGUGUCCCCCGGUUUUCUGCGUGUGGCGGCGUUCGCGGUGGUGGUCACCGUACUCGUGUACCUGCUGCCGUUCGCGUUCAGCCGUCUGGCGCAGCUGGAGCUCUACGGGCAGCUGAGAUACCAGGUCUACGUCACACUAGCGAGGACCAUCGUGCUGGAGGCUGUCAUCCUGGGUGUCACCAUCAGUUUUUGGCUGGAUAAACAGACGGGAAAACAGUGUUGGGAGAGCGAGCUGGGCCAGGUGAUCUACCAGCUGGUCAUCAUGGAGUUCAUCUUCACACUCGUACUCUCACUCCUGGGAGAGUUUGUCAGGAACCAGCUGUUCAGGGCGGGCCUGACGCGGAUCGGGCGUCCCAAGUUCGAGUUGGCCAGCAACACCAUGUUUCUGGUGUACUCGCAGACGCUCGUCUGGCUGGGCCUCUACUUCAGCCCCCUCAUCACCGUCAUCGGCACCGUCAAACUCUUCUGCUCGUUCUACGUCAAAAAGUUCAGCUGUCUGUCCAGCUGCGAGCCGGCGGCCAACUCGUGGCGCGCGGCACAGACCCGCACCGUGUUCCAACUGGUGGCCUUCGUCUCCAUGAUGGCGGCCAUGGCGGCCGUCGGAGUGGUCGUCUUCAAAGUGCGCAGCUCGUCGUCAUGCGGGUCCGUUCCAGGAUCUGUCGCAGCCGUGGCAGGUGGUGACCGACAUCGUGGACCAGUGGAACGACCAGCUGGUCUACUACCUCUCCUACAUUACCUCGCCCGGGUUCGCCGUCUACGUCAUACUCAUACUCUGGUGGGUGGCGACGGAGUGGAGGGAGCAGCGACGGGUGACCGCACUGCGGGGGCCAGCUGCUGCUCGAGGCCGCAGGACAAACGGCUGCUUGCCAUGAUGAUCGACGAACAGUCGCGGAAACUCAGAGACUCGGGAGGAGAGAGACAG